AUGAAGUGUCAAACAAAGACCCUGCAGGGAGGGUUACUGUCAGGGCUGGAGCACGAGAAGCCUCACGACCUCAGAAUUACUUUUGAGGGCAGCUCACCCACUGAAAUUGCUGUGGCUGAGUGCUCCUGUGUGGCUGGAACUGCUCUCUGUAACCACAGUGUUGCACUACUGUACCAGACUACGAAGUACUCUACACUUCAACUGAAAGCAGUACCGCCUGUCCUGAGCUGCACAGAAACUGAGCAGCGAUGGCAUGAACCACGAAGACUGGGUGUGAAACCAGGCAGAGUGGGUAACAUGGUCUUCAUCUCAACAAAGCCCAAGUCAAGACAGUACACAGCUGCUGAUGGUGUAAGGAGCAAGCGCUACAAAGCAGUGUGGGGCGACUUGCCAGACCCAGAUGUCCUGAAGGUCGACGAGGCAUACCAGGACUUCACGGCAGACCUUGCUCCGCUAAUUACCACACUCUGCAUUAGUAGUGAUGUCCCCCUCAUCGAUUCAGCCUUUGGGACCGUUCAAGAAGGCAGCCCUAUUUCAUACCAGCACCCAGUGCCAGUGAGUAGGGUAAUCAUCCACCACCCAGACGCACCCCCUCAACCACCCCUGCCGUUAGAUGGUCACAGGCUAGACCCAACCACAUGUUCCUUUGUGUGCACUCACCAGCAACACCUAAAUGUAAUGUCGCUUAACAUCACUUUCGACAUGGCAAGAUCCAUCGAGAUGGCCACAAGAGAGCAGAGUGGCAGCGCAGAGUGGCACAACCUGAGAAAGAUGAGGCUCACCUCCUCCAGAUUCCGGGAGGUGUGCCAUGUCCGAGAUCACAGCUCUGCAGAGAACCUUGCAGAACGCAUCCGCAAAGGUGGGGUCCAGACAGCCUUGAUGAAGAGGGGGCUGGCAUUGGAGCCAGUUGCUAUUCAAGAGUAUGCACAUAAAAAAUGUCAACUACUGGCCAUCAGGAUUUGUCAUCCAUCCUGAUGUUCCCUGGCUUGGAUCCUCUCCAGAUGGUCUCGUUUUUGACCCGACGGAGGCCCCGCCAUUCGGGCUGGUCGAGGUGAAGUGCCCCAACAUCAAAAGUUACGUGGACUGCGGAUACCUGCACAUGCAGAGUGGCACCUUGCGCCUGAAGCCAGGCCACAGCUACUAUUGGCAGGUGCAAGGCCAGCUGCUUAU